GCUCUCUUCUGCGAUCUCGGCUGCGUGGUAUGGCGCUUUCGGGCGGAUGCAGGCCGGCCUCAUUGGCAUCAAUGAUGUCAUUGGCAUCCUCUGGGGGACGAUGGGGGGUCAGGUGGCAGUUGCUCUGGCGGGUGAACCGGAGAGGAUUGUGCCUACGCAGCUGGCAAUCAUCGCGGUGAGCACCAUCCUCACGGGAGUCGCCUCGAUCGUCUUUGGUCACCUUGGCCUUGGCAAGCUCAUGCUUCUGUUCCCAGCGCCUGUUACAAGCGGGUUUCUGGGCUCCAUCGGCUUCUUCAUCUUCAAGUCCUCCUUGCAGAUCUCUUCGGGCGUCAAGUUCCGCUACCUUUGGCCCCAGGACUUCGAGCAGUUUCUGCAAGUCCAGCCCUUGGCCAGGGUCGCCUGCAUGUUUGGGGCGCUGGCCUUCAUGCGAAAGGUGCCGCCUAGGCUUGUGAAGCUUUUCCCGAAUGCUGUGGUGAAGAAGUUGGGAGGGCUUGUCUGCCAGCUUGUGCCGCUCUUCCUCUUCUAUUUGGUGGUGCAGAUAUCCGGCGUAGACAUGAUGGAUCUCUCCGAAGCAGGGUGGACCUACCCACGACAG